UUUUUCAUUCGACCAAAGAUGGCGGCGCCCAUGGAACUUGAGAUUUGAUUGCCAAAGACCACACAUUUGAGAACACGUACUUUCAACUAUCACUCUCUGAUUCUGACGACUUUCCAUCAUCAUGGCCAGUAAGGAAGUUAACCUGUGGGUGCGAGACAGCCUUCAUGACAUCCUAGGCAUCAGUGAUCACUACAUAGCUGACUAUCUCAUCGGACUAGCUGGGAAGGCAAGCAGUGGAGGGGACUUCAUCCGGAGGAUUAAAGACACAGGAACGAUCGAUGUUAAUAAAUCCAUCACAACGUUUGCUCAGGAGCUGUUUGAAAAGCUGCCGAGGAAGACAUCAAGUAGGGUGUUGAACAGAGCCAAAGAGCAGGCUGCCAUAGCAAGUACUAAACACAAUCAGAGUUAUGCUCUGGUAUCUGAUGAUGAUCAGGAUAUUACUGUCACUCCAACAUCUCCUAUAAAGAGAAGGGACAAGCGUGAGAAGGGAAACAAGAGGAAACAUCUCAGGAAGAAGAAAGAGGAGAGCAGUGAAAGUGAGAGUGAUCCUGAGCCCGAAAGAUCCAGCAAGAAUGCCAAGCGAGACGGGGACUCGGACUCGGAGUCCGAUGAAUGGGACCGAGAGGAGAAGAAGAGAUUGCAGGAUCUGGAGGAGAGGGACGCGUUCGCUGAACGACUUAGAAACAAGGACAAAGAAAAAACCAAGAGUGUGACGGACAAAGGAAACAAAAAGGCUUAUGAGGAGGCAAAGAAGAGGCUUGAAAUGGCCGAGCAGGACCGGAGGAAGAUGGUUCCAGAUCUGAGGAAAGAAUCAAGACGAAAGUACGUCAAGAAGCGAGAGGAAGACAAGCUGGAGGAGAUUGAGGCAGAUAUCAUCGAUGAAGAAUAUCUAUUCUCGUCAACGGACUUAACCAAAAAGGAAAAGCAAGAGUUAGAAUACAAGAAGCGGGUAUUGAAGCUUGCAAAAGAUCAUAGGAAGGCUGGAGACAAACAGAAAGAAGGUCGUUACUACAUGCCUAAAGAUGAUGAGAAACCAUCAGACAAGUAUGUGGAGCCACUCUUUGAUGAGAUGGAGUUGGCACCGAGGUCUGAGCAGCAGAGAUGGGAGGAAGAACACGUCAAACUAGGCUCCUUGAAGUUUGGGGCUAAAGAUGCCAAACAGAAACACAAGGCCAAGCAAUAUGAUUUAGUUGUGGAUGAGUUGGGAGAGAUUGAAUUUGUCAGCGCAAUGCAGAUGCCUGGAACUGGUGAUAGGUCCCAGUCCGAACCAGAGGUGCGUGAGUUAUCAGCCGCUCAGAGGAAGAAACAGAGUAUCGCAGAAACUCGCAAGCUUCUUCCCAUCUUCAAAUUUCGGGAGGAUCUUCUUCAGGCCAUCGAGGAUCAUCAGAUAUUGAUCAUUGAAGGGGAGACUGGAUCUGGGAAGACAACUCAGAUACCACAGUACCUGUUUGAAGCGGGCUACACUAAAGAUGGUAAGAAGAUUGGAUGCACUCAGCCAAGACGUGUUGCCGCAAUGAGCGUGGCCGCUAGGGUGGCUGAAGAGAUGAGUUUCAAGCUUGGAAAUGAGGUUGGUUAUAGUAUCCGCUUUGAAGACUGCACAUCAGAUAGAACCAUCUUGAAGUACAUGACGGAUGGAAUGCUCCUUAGAGAGUUUCUUGGUGAACCUGAUAUGGCUGGCUACAGCGUCAUCAUCAUCGAUGAAGCCCACGAGCGUACCUUACACACAGACAUCCUCUUUGGUCUCGUCAAGGACAUCUCACGCUUCAGACCGGAUCUCAAGUUGCUCAUAUCAAGCGCCACUCUGGACACUGACAAGUUUGCCGAGUUCUUUGAUGACGCUCCUAUAUUCCGUAUCCCUGGGCGUCGUUUUCCAGUAGAUAUCUUCUAUACCAAGGCACCAGAGGCAGACUACUUGGAUGCUUGUGUUAUCUCAGUUCUACAGAUCCACGUCUCACAGCCAGAAGGAGACGUCCUUGUGUUCCUCACUGGUCAGGAAGAGAUUGAGACAUGCAUGGAGAUCUUACAGGAGAGAGUCAGGAAACUAGGCACCAAGAUCCGAGAGCUUAUCGUCCUCCCGAUUUAUUCCACCCUCCCCUCCGAGCUCCAAGCCAAGAUCUUUGAGCCCACCCCGCCGGGGGCUCGUAAAGUGGUCCUAGCCACUAACAUAGCGGAGACAUCAUUGACUAUAGAUGGCAUCGUCUUCGUCAUUGAUCCAGGGUUCAACAAGCAGAAGAGUUAUAAUGCAAGGACUGGGAUGGAGUCCCUUGUCGUGACCCCAGUGUCAAAGGCAUCAGCUAACCAGCGAGCUGGCAGGGCAGGCAGGGUGGCUGCCGGUAAAUGUUUCCGUCUUUACACGGCCUGGGCUUACAAGAAUGAACUGGAGGAGAACACCAUUCCUGAAAUCCAGAGAACGAACCUCGGCAACGUUGUCCUCCUCUUGAAGAGCCUGGGCAUCAACGAUCUGAUCCACUUUGACUUCAUGGAUCCACCUCCCCAUGAGACGCUGGUCCUUGCCCUUGAGCAGCUCUAUGCCCUGGGAGCACUCAACCACAAAGGAGAGCUCACUAAACUGGGUCGCAGGAUGGCAGAGUUUCCUGUGGAUCCAAUGAUGUCUAAGAUGAUCUUAGCUUCGGAAAAAUACCAGUGUACUGAGGAGAUUCUUAGUAUAACAGCUAUGUUGUCAGUCGGCAAUGCGAUCUUCUAUCGACCCAAAGAUAAGAUCGUUCACGCCGAUAACGCCAGAGUCAACUUCUUCACUCCUGGGGGAGACCAUUUGACGCUUCUCAAAGUCUACAAUGAAUGGUUGGAGACAGACUUUUCUACCCAGUGGUGUUUUGAGAACUUCAUCCAGCAUCGAUCGAUGCGAAGAGCGAGAGAUGUCCGAGAUCAGAUCAAAGGACUGAUGGAGAGAGUGGAGAUUCCUUCCACUUCAUCAAUGCAUGAUAACGUCGCUAUCAGAAAGGCUAUCACAGCGGGCUUCUUUUACCACACGGCCAAAUUCAGUAAAGGCGGUCAGUACAAGACGGUGAAGCAUCAGCAGACAGUACUGGUACAUCCCAACAGUAGUCUGUUUGAAGAGCAGCCUCGUUGGCUCAUCUAUCAUGAACUGGUCUUCACAACCAAGGAAUUCAUGCGACAGGUGAUUGAGAUUGAGAAUGCCUGGCUCCUUGAAGUAGCUCCUCAUUACUAUAAAGCCAAGGAGCUGGAGGACGCAUCAAGUCGUAAGAUGCCCAAGAAUACUGGCAAGAGCAAAGAGGAGACGAGAACGUGACGUCCCAAGCCGUAAGAUGCCUAAGAAUACUACAAAGCUUAAGAGUUAACGGACGCAUCGAGUAA